AUGCCAUCACAUGAAUAGUAUAAAUAAUGUGAGUUUAAAAAAAAAUACAUCAUUAUACAUGAUCAGAUUUAUGGUGAAGGAUGUUAUGGAUAAAUAUAUUCAUGUAAAAAAUUGGAUAAUAUUGACUAAAAUAUUUAUUGUGUUAAAAUUGUUCCAAUAAAUACAGAAGAUAUAGAAAAUUUAGAUGCCGAGUCUGAUUUAUAAAAAACAAUUUCUGAGUUAACAAAAUAUCACUUAGUUUCAAAAAACUUAGUCUAAAUUAUAGAGAUAAUUUUGGAUAAUACAGCACUUUAUAUUGUAAUAGAAUAAUGUGACUAUGAUUUAACAAUUGAAUUUGAUUUAUUAAUUGAAGAAAAAAAAUGGUACUAAGAAGAAGAAGCAGUUGAAAUAAUUUAAUAGCUUAUUACAGGUUAUCAAGAAUUGAAUUCAUUAAAUAUAAUCCAUCAAAAUAUUAAACCAGAAAACAUAUUAAUUAAAUAUGAAAAUAAAGGGAGACCUAAUGAAAAAAAAGUAUAUAAAGUAAUUAUUAUUGUGAUUUAUUAGAUUUCUGAUUUUUAUAUUGCAAUUAUAUUAUCAAAAUUAAAUAAUAGGAACGAUUUGAUCAGAACUGGAAGUCCUAAUUAUUCUGCACCUGAAGUUUUUUUACGUGAUGCAAUUUCAUCAAAAAGUGAUAUAUAUUCAUUAGGAAUGUUAUUCUAUUAGAUUUGUUAUUUAUCUACAUUCCCAUAUGAUUGUAGCACUAUGUAAAAAAGAUAUUAAAGCUUAUAAAAAUUAAAGAAUAAUCCUUUAGAAUUUCCUCCACUUACUUACAAUAAUGCAGAUAUUACCAAUCUCCUAAAACAUAUGAUAGUUUACGAUGAAAAUAAAAGAAUUUCAUUUGAAGAUGUUAUUCAUCAUCCCAUAAUGAAACCUAAAGCUAAAGAAGAUACUGCAGAGCUUCGAAUAGAAGAAAGUACAAACUUUUAAAGUUCAAGACUUUUCGAUAAAUCAUCAAAUUUUCAAAAAAAAAGAUUUGAUUCUAUUUUACUUAGAUCAUAAAGUUUACAGAGAUUAUUACAGUUAUUUUAUUUAAGAUUUAAAAUUUGUUAAUAUCUUCUAUCCAAAAUUAAUGAUGAUCAAAAUAUGUUAUUUUUAAAAUUGAAUAUAUACUUAAUAGCUCGAAAUGAAAUAUUGUAUGCAUUAGCAAUCAUUUUCAUUAGACCAUAAGAAAUUCAUCCAUACAUUUUAUCUAAUAAUAAUUAAUUAAUACUUUUUGAUAAAUUACGUGAGCUGUAAAAUGAAAUUUAAAACAAUUAAGCAAAUUUUAAAUAUUUCAAGAAUUUGUAGGAUUUUAUUCAUGUAGAAUAUCAUCAAUUUUAAGCUUAAUUUAAAAAAUUUUAGAUGUUAAUAUAUCUAAGACAAACAUUUACUAAUGAAUAAGAAUUAUUUUUUGAAUAAUCUAGAUCAAGACGUAUUGAAACAACAAGAGUAAUAAACAAUAUUAUCAUUUUUUAAUAAACUUAGUUGGAGAAUAUAAGCAACGAAGAAUAGCAACUUUUGGAUUAAAUUACUAAACUGGAAACCUUAUAUCCUGUAAGUGUAUAUUAAAGCAAUAAGGAUAUAGCAUCCCUAUUUCCAAUUUAAAUUAGUAAUUAAGAAAAUGAUUUUUGA